AUGGUGGAGGUUCUGCUUGUUAGUGAGCACACAACUAUGAACAAGAAUUAUAAUGGACACGAUGCCUCAGAUGACUUUUAUAAUUUGUUUGACGAGUUUGCUGAUACGCAUGGUGUUCACUAUAACAAGAGACAUCUCCGUGAACUUGAACUGUAUGAAAGCGCAGCAGAUGGUGCAACUGUGGGUAAAUACGGAGCUCGACACACUAAUUGUGAAGAGGUCAGAGUACUCCUUUCCUUUUAG